GAAAACGAAAUGAACAAGAAACAACGUAAACGAAAUUUCAAUGAAGAAAAAGAACCAAAUUCAAUCUCCUAUGUAUUUGCAAUUACAAAGUACAUUUAUAUCAGAUUAAAAACACAGAAGCUAUUAUUACUAUAAAAAGUUAUUUCUCUUUUUUCAUGCUUACAUGGUAGUUUCAAAAUGAGAUUAAAUUUUAAUACAAAAAUUUUGGGCAAAAAUACAAUUCUUGUACCUUACAGAGAGCAUCAUGUUCCUAAAUAUCACACAUGGAUGAGAUCAGAAGAAUUGCAAAAACUCACCGCAUCAGAGCCUCUGACUUUAGAAGAGGAGUAUAAAAUGCAAAAAACUUGGCAAGAAGACGAUGAUAAUUCCAUGAUUGGUGACACAAAUAUAUUUGUAAUAGACAAUGAUAAUAUGGUUGGGGAGAUAGAAAUAAUGAUAGCAGAAGAAACCGCAAGAGGAAGCAAAAAAGGCUGGGAAGCAGUCAUACUUAUGCUUCUCUAUGGAAUUAAGUUCAUUAAAAUAAAAACAUUUGAGGCAAAGAUUAGUAUAGAAAACAUUAUUAGUAUAAAUAUGUUCCAAAAAUUGAAUUUUAAAGAGAAAUCAAGAAGUGAAAUCUUUCAAGAAGUGACAUUGGAAAAAGUCGUUGAUAAUAACUGGACAAAAAGCCUUGAAGGACAUUUUGAAUUUCAAUUACAAACUUACAAAUAAUUGAUACCUUUAUUUGCUGCCUCUUUUGGAGCUGAUUUUGACAAAACCAUGCAUUGAAAAAUGUUUAUUGUCAAAUCCACAUUUUUCUUGUGACAUUUUUUGUAUGGAUCAUAAGUCUGAAAUAAAGAUUAAUUAUUAUUAUUAAAUAUUUUUUUUUAGUUGACUGAUAUCUCAGAUUGUUUGAUUUUUGUGAUGUCAUGGAUGUAAUUAGAUGCUAGCUCAUCUCUAGGUGUCCCUUAUGAACUGAAUGUGUUGGUAUCACUAAACAAUAGUGGAGCAAAAUGACUAGAGCUUGAAACUGUUCGUUAUGUUCAGUUUUGUUGUGCUAGAUGUUUGGAUGCUGCACUUCAUAACUUCUGAGGGCAGGGUAAAUUAUU